GGCCGCGCGAGUAGGUCGCCAUGCGCGAUGCGGUAUGAGGCAGCGCCGCGCCCGGCGGGCCGGCCCCCGCUAGCGGCGCCGCCCCCGCCAUGCGAGCGCCGCCGCUGCUGCUGCUGCUGCUGAUGGCGGCCGCGGGCUUGGCCGUGAGUCCGCUCGCGCGCCUCAACCCCUGGCUGAGCGCGUGCGACCUGGAGGAGGAGGGCGCGGGCGGCGUGCGUGAGUGCGGGGGCGCGGCGUGCGGCAGCGGCGGCGGCGCGCCCGACGCGCUGACGGGACGCGACGUGCCGCACCUGUGCGCGCUUGGGGCCGGUGCACGCGCGCGUCGCCUCGCCGAGCUGCGGCUGCGCGCCUGCUGCGAGCGCUCACCCGCCUCCGCGCUCGAUCGCAGCGCGCGCGCCGACGUCCUAGCCGGUGGCGAGCGCUGUGAACGAACGCUGCACGACCUCCUCAGCCUCGACGCUAUGGUUGCGCGCGUGCACUGUGACUUCGUCGACAUCCUCAGUCGCUACGACUGCGACCAAUCCUACUCCGUACACACGUGUUACGAGUGUCAGGUGAGUGUCAUCACGAGUCAGCGCCAUUGA